GGAGAUCGAGGUGGGUAAGGGGGAACAAGCCUAGAGAGAGAGAGAGAGAGAGAGAGAGAGGGAGCUUCAAAAGCAGAGGCGUUAAAUUCCAUUGACCCUCGCAAUGCCACACCUCUUCUCCUCCUCCUUCUUCUCCUCCACCUUCAUGGUGCUUAAAACGACGUCGUCGUCUCGCUUUGGAUGGGCGGCGACCGUCACGACACCACUCGGCCGGACUGUUCCUCGUCUUCUUCUUCUUCUUCUUCGUCGUCUUCGUCUUCCGAGUCGCGAGUCCGGCUCGCUCAGACGCCGAUUCUGUUGCUGGUUUGCUUCCACAAGGCGAUGCGAGCCGAGCUCGCCGAUCUCCGCCACGUCACCGAGGCCGCCUUGGACGGUGGAUUCAGAGGCCGCGUUGUUCUCGAGGUUCUGCGACGGUUUGAGUUCCUCAAGCUCGCGUAUAAGUACCACUGCUCUGCUGAGGAUGAGGUUAUUUUUCUAGCGCUAGAUGGACGAACAAAAAACAUAGCUUGUACAUAUUCAUUGGAGCAUAGGAGUAUUGAUGGUCUUUUUGAUUCUAUUUUUAGUUGUUUGGAUGUAUUGUUAGAGGAAAGUGAAGAUACUUCAAAGGAAUUUCAGGAACUUGUGUUCUGCAUCGGGACGCUCCAGGCGUUCAUUUGCCAGCAUAUGGUGAAAGAAGAAGAACAGGUUUUUCCUUUGCUCCUGCAGCAAUUCUCUGUGAAGGAGCAGGCUUCACUUGUGUGGCAGUUCAUGUGUAGUAUGCCUUUAGUGCUGCUAGAGGAUCUUCUACCAUGGAUGAUCUCCUCUCUUCAAAAUGAUGAAAAAGAGGAACUCAUACAUUGCAUAAAAGAAAUUGUACCUGAUGAAAAACAUCUCCAAGAGGUAGUAAGCUCGUGGCUUGCUAACAAGGGCCAAGCUCGACACACUGGUGAUGAUGAAUAUGCAGAUAUGAAAAAGUUACUCAAGUCUCAUUCCCCUAAGAGGUUCUUUGAAGAAAAUUGGAGUUGCAUGAAGGAAGACAGCAUCCAAACUGAUACUGGAUACAGUCCUGUUGAUGGGCUUCAUCUUUGGCAUGGUGCCAUAAGGAAAGAUCUAGAAAAAAUUAUGGGAGAGCUAUAUCAAUUGAGAAGCUCAGUCAAUUUUCUAGAUAUUGAUUCAAUAGUUGUCCAGCUAAAGUUUCUUGCUGAUGUCCUUACUUUCUACAGCAAUGCAUUGGAGAAGUUAGUUCACCCUGUGUUAAAUGAACUUGUCAAUGGCUGUCUGUACCCCACAAUUGAGAUAUUUCCCGAUGAAAGCCUUCUGGAAAGUUUGCAGAAUUUACUAUACUAUGGCCUUGAAAAUAGAACACCUUUGAGCAAAUUUGUUGAAAAGCUUUGCUGGGAAUUUGAGUGUCUUGUGGUGGGAGUCCGCAAGCAUUUUGCUUUCCACGAAACAGAGGUAUUUCCCAUUAUAAGGAAGAACUGUAGCCAUGAAAUGCAACAGCAACUCGUGUAUGUCAGCCUUCAUAUUAUGCCACUUGGGUUGCUGAAGUGUGUGACUACUUGGUUUUCAGCUAACUUAUCCGAGGAUGAGUCCAGGUCAAUUCUUAGCAGCAUGAAGCAGCGAGAUUUCUUGGUUAAUGAAUCUUUUAUGUCCCUGUUACAUGAGUGGUUCCGUAUUGGCCAUUCAGGUAAAACCUCAAUUGAAAAUUUCCGAGAGGACUUGCAGCAAAUAUUUAAGAGCAGAUGCACUUUCUUAUGCAAUCAAUUACAUGCCAGUACUGCGUGUUCAUCUGUAAGCUCCAAUAUGCAACAUCGAGGGAAAUCAAACACUGGGGUAAUGGAACUAAUUUCUUCAAAAAAGGGAAAGAACUCUAUGCCAUACUCUUCAUCUUUUGCCUCCGACUCUUCUACAUAUUCUGAGACGUCAAACUCAAGAGGAAUCAAUCCCCAAGUAUACUUCUCUGGAAUGAAAACAUCAUAUCAUAUUCCUGAAAGUCUUAGUGGAGAAAACUUGAGUGGUUACGGUCUCCAUGAACCAAAACCAAUAGAUCUCUUAUUUUUCUUCCACAAGGCUCUCAGGAAGGAUUUGGAUUACCUUGUCCUUGGUUCAGCUGAGUUGGCUGAAAAUGCAGCUUCCCUCACAGAUUUUUGCCGGCGCUUUAAUCUCAUACAGUUCUUACAUCAAAUACAUAGUGAAGCAGAGGACGAGGUUGCCUUUCCAGCCUUGGAGGCAAAGGGAAAAUGUCAAAACAUUAGCCAGUCUUACACAAUGGACCACAAACUAGAGGUUGAACUCUUCCAAAAAAUAUCCUUCAUUCUAGAUGAGAUGUCUAAAUUGCAUUUUUCAGUUUCUAUGGUUGAUUCAAACACAAUGGACCAGAUGUCGCCAAAGCACUAUCAGUUGUGCAUGAGGCUUCAUGGUAUGUGCAAAUCAACGUGCAAAUUACUGACUGAACAUAUUCAUCGUGAAGAAGUUGAACUUUGGCCCUUGUUUAAAGAAUGCUUCUCCAUUGAAGAGCAAGAAAGGAUCGUGGGAUGCAUACUUGGUAGAACAGAAGCAAAAAUAUUACAAGAUAUGAUACCCUGGCUGAUGGAAUCUUUGACACCAGAAGAACAGCAUGCCAUGAUAUCUAUAUGGCGCCAGGUCACCAGAAACACAAUGUUUGAUGAGUGGUUGAAAGAAUGGUGGGAGGGUUAUGAUGCAGGCAAGGUGGUGGAGGAGUCAAGCCUUCCUCCUUCAAAGACUGUAGAUCCCUUGGAGGUUGUCUCUACGUACUUGUGUGGACUGGAUGAACUAGAAAGAAAACUCUGCAACAGAAGCAUCAACUUUCCUGAAAAAGAUUCCCCUGAUACUAAUACUAAGCUGUUACAAAUCAGUGAGGUGGAUCAUAAGCUGAGGGAUGCUGAUAGUCACCAAUGUAAAUACAACCCUAGAGAAUCUGGAAGUCUUGCAGAAGGUAAGAAGAUGAAAAAUGAAGACAUUGAAAAUGCCACAGAUCAAAUCAAUGAUCCAGGACAACUUUUUCAAGCAAGUCAUAAAACAGAUUACUGUGAGUGCCUGCUGACACUAAGUCAAGAGGAUCUGUUGACUGCAAUAAGUAAAAUCUCCCGCGACUCUUCCUUGGAUCCUCAGAAGAAACCAUAUAUGAUGCAGAACCUGCUAUCGAGCCAUUGGAGAGUCAGACAACACUCUCAGUCAACUGUUGCAAGUAAUGGGAAAGAAUUCCCUGAUCAGCAUCCGUCGUAUCAGGACCCAUUUGGGCUAACAUUUGGUUGUAAACACUAUAAGAGGAACUGUAAGCUUGUUGCUGCAUGUUGCAACCAGCUCUACACUUGCAUACGCUGCCAUGAUGAGAUGGCCGAGCACACAAUAGAUAGGAGAUCUGUAACAGAGAUGAUGUGCAUGAAAUGCUUGAAAAUUCAGCCAAUCGGGCCCACAUGCUCAUCUGCAUCCUGCAAUGAUUUAUCCAUGGCAAGAUACUUUUGCAAAAUCUGCAAAAUUUUUGAUGAUGAAAGGAUUAUCUACCAUUGCCCUUACUGUAACUUGUGCCGAGUUGGAAAGGGAUUGGGUAUUGACUACUUCCAUUGCAUGACUUGUAAUGCUUGCAUGUCCCGUUCUCUCUUCAAGCAUACAUGCAGAGAGAAAAGCUUUAUGGAUAAUUGCCCUAUUUGCCACGAGGACAUCUUCACGUCCAACUCUCCAGUAAAGGCCCUUCCAUGUGGUCAUUCAAUGCAUUCAACAUGUUUUCAGGCCUACACCUUUACUAAUUAUACCUGCCCAAUCUGUGGCAAGUCACUUGGGGACAUGCAGAUGUUAUUUAGAAUGUAUGAUGCAUAUUUGGCUGGAGAGAAGCUUCCAGAUGAGUAUUCUGGCCGAACUGAGGCCAUACUAUGCAAUGACUGUGAGAAGAAAGGAACUGCUCCCUUUCAUUGGCUUUACCACAAGUGCACCUUUUGUGGUUCAUACAAUACCAGGCUUCUAUGACUCAAUCCCUAGUGCGUCUGGACAAGUAUUUCCACGUAGCUAUGUUUCUUGUAAAGAGCUUGAAUUACAAUUUGCCUUUCACCACUUGGGAUUUUGUUGGAAGCAUUUGAAAUCUGUUUAGAAUAGUGUCUGUGAAUAAUAUUAAGUUCCCUCGUUUUUGAAGCUGAAAUACACAA